GUGUAGUCGGUGCGGUGGCUUUCCAUAAUAUUGCCAGGUGCGCCCGCGGCCAGGUUGCCUGGGAUUUGGAUAGAGGAUGGUGAUCUCCCUCUCAGGCGAGUGGAUUUUCCUUUCUCACACGCUCACACACACUCGUUUACUACGACUACGCGUGCGGUUUGCCGGAAGCCUUCUGGAAAGGAUACUUUGGGGGGAAAAGAGUGUGGACGACUUUGGCUCAAGAGCACCGGACGACUUGGACUUGGACAACGCCGCCGUGAAAGGCCUGAGAACAACAAGCGAGGGACCGACUCGAUAUAUACUACGAGAGAAGACACGGCCAGAGGCCACACGGGACACGUGCAGCCGCGGCGCCGCAGAAUGGAGGACCGAAGCGUCGAGGUCCUGGCCGUCGCCAUCGCCUUUUUCGUCCUCUGCUGGGCUGCUGUGCUUCUGCGCGUGUACUGCAGGGCCUUGGUGCUGCGCUCGCUCGGUGCCGACGACUCCCUGAUGGCCGUGAGCUGGGCUGUUUUCACAGGAUACUUGAUAUGCAUAUUGCUGGCGCUCAAGUUCGGCGCAGGGAAGCACCACGAGGAUAUCGACCCAGGAAACUACACGACAGCGCUCAAGACGCUGCACGUCAUCGCCACGGCCUACCACUUCCUCCUAGCCUUCCAGUGCGCGCCGGUAUCAACUUUCUGGAACGAGAGCCCGCGCGCGCCGGGCCGGUGCCUGGAUCAGGGCCUGCUGCUGGCGCUGACGUACGCGGCCUCGGCCGUCAACGCGGCGGCCGACUGGGCCUUUGGCGUGCUGCCCUUCUUCAUUGUCUGGUCUCUGUCGCUGCCGCUGCGCACGCGCACGCUAGCCGUGGGCAUCCUGUCGCUCGCCGCCGUCGGAUCGGCCGCCACCAUCGUGCGCGCCGUCUAUAUCCCGCGCCUGGUGGCGGCCGACGACUUCCUGUGGUCGACGGCCGACGUGGCUCUCUGCGCCGCCGACGACUACGACGACGUGUACCCGCCCUAUUACCAGCAGGGCGGCCGGCACCAGCAGCAGCACCACUACCACAGCCGGUUCCAGUCCCGGCCCAGCCAGAGCCUCGACGUGCCGCGCUCCCACUUCUCGUCGCCCUCGUCGCCCGAGGAGCGCGGCGCCAACGCCGGGCUCUGGGGCGGCCGCCACUCGCGGCCCCGCGUGCCCACGCUGACGCUGAGCUGGCUGUUCUCGCCGCUCGCCAACCGCAUCGCCAACGGCGGUGGCAGUGGCACGCCGCGCAUCUCGGCCAUCUCCUUUGGCGGCUGGGGCGGCGCCGGCGGGACGGCGCCGCGCAGCGAGGGCGCGGCCAGCCGGAGCAGCGUGGCCGCCGCGGCGGCGAUGCGGUCCAAGAGUAGCGCCAGCCAGCGGAGCGGCCGCAGCGCCAGCCUGGGCAGCUUCCGCUCCCGCCCCAUGGCCGACUACACGGCGCCCGUGCCGAACCUGCCGCUGCGCUACCUGCGCCAGACCAGGCGCGAGCGGAGCGCGGCCGCCACGGAGCAGGGGGGCGGGGCGGGGGACGGCGGGUACCAACAGGUGGCUGGGUAUCCGGCGGCAGAUGGUUUGGGCCAGGCGAUGCCGAUGCCGCCGCCGCCGCCGCCGUUGGCCGCCGUGGGUGGCGCGGCGCUGGGGCGGGAUCGCAUGACCAGCGGCGCGGGGGGCAGCGACGCCUCGGGGAGCAGCAUGGCUACCAGGACCCCGGCCAGGAAGAAGAGGGCGGUGGGGAUGGGGCAUAACUACAUCUAA